GAAUUUAAUCAAGAAAUCAAAAUAAAUCCAACAGGAAGUCUCAGGUUUCAGUCCAGACAUCUGAAACAUCACGAGCCGAAGCUUCGUGAUGUGAGUUCAACAAAAGAUCACCUGACAUCUGUAAAUCUGUCCGUCCACCUUUAUAACACAUCGACAGGUAAAACACACGCUCUGGUUUUUCUCUGCUUCUCCCUGCCGUCUGUCUCUGAGUCUGUAACGCAGACGCUGUGAGGAGGGCAGUGAUCUGACUCUGGAGCUCAGAGGAAACAAAGUCUUCCAGUGUCCUCUGAGUGACAGCGACAGUUUCAUCUCUUUUGCGGUGAUUUGGAGAAGAAUUAAGGAGCCAGCAUUGAAGACAUCAUCAUCAUCAUCAUCAUCUCUGAGUGAGGAAGCUGCUGAUGGAUGCAGAUGUUUGCGCAGCUGUCGUUUUAGAUGCAGCUGUGAGCAGAAACCUGAAAUCAGACGCUGUAAAACGUGACGGGCUCAGACCUUCGCUUUGUACAGCGUGGGCCGCUGAGUGAAGCCAGAUGUGGAGGAAAGAUGAGAGGCGUAGGAGUGGAGGAGAAAAGAUGAGGGGGAGAUUUUCCUGCGGCAGACUCUCACAGAUGGACACAAUAAUAGGAACCCCUCCAGAACAGUCUGGUCCUCACUGAAGCUGAUGGAGGCAGGGAUGAUCCGGACGUGUGAGGAGGAGUUUUUCAUCGAGCCGUUGGAUCGAUGGAGGCCAGAUGGAGGAGGAAGAGGAGGAGAGGAGGAGGAGGGACGACAGCACAUCGUUUAUCGCUCCUCGGCCAUCAUUGAGAAGAACUCAGCUGUCAAUCAAACCGCCAACGACGUCCUCCGAGGUCCCCUUUUAGGCUCCCUGAACCUGAAUGUGGCCUCCUCGGGAUCUGGCUCAGCUCGCAGGCGGCGCUACAUCGAGGAGGCCGAACUGUUUAACAUCGAGGUCUUGUUAGCCGUGGAUUAUUCAGUUCUUCUUUUCCACGGCAGAGACCACAUUCAGAAAUAUCUCCUGACACUGAUGAACAUAGUUAAUGAAGUCUAUCGAGACCAUUCGCUGGGAGCCAACAUCAACAUUGUCCUGGUCAGAAUCGCCAUGCUGUCACCGACUAAGUCCCAGGAGCUGAUCUCUGUGGGGAACCCUCAGAAGAGUUUGGAGAAUGUCUGUGGAUGGUCAUAUCUCCAGCACAGAGAGCAGAGUCUCGCUGAGCAGCACGACCACACCAUCUACCUGACCAGGCAGGAAUUUGGUCCCUCUGGCAUGAAGGGUUACGCUCCAGUUACGGGAAUGUGCCAGUUGCAUCGAAGCUGUGUUCUCGUCCUUGAGGAUGGUUUUUCUUCGGCCUUCGUAGCUGCACACGAAACAGGACAUGUAUUGGGUAUGCAGCAUGAUGGCGAGGCGAAUGACUGCGGUGACGACGUGCCUUUGGGCAGCAUCAUGUCGCCGCAUGUUCAGGCUGCUUUCCACCGUUACCACUGGUCAAGGUGCAGUUGGAUGGAGCUACACAAGUACCUGCAUACCUACGACUGCCUCCGUGACGACCCGUUCAACCACAACUGGCCGGCUCAGCCUCAGCUGCCGGGCUUUCAGUACUCCAUGGACCAACAGUGUCGCUUCAACUUUGGGCCGGGAUACAGCCUCUGUACCGUAUACAUGAACACUGACCCCUGCAAACAGCUGUGGUGCAGCGACUACAACAACCCGUACUUCUGUAAGACCAAGAAAGGCCCGCCCCUUGACGGGACCAAGUGUGGAGCUGGGAAGCACUGUUUCAGAGGUUACUGCAUGAAGCUGACCCCUAAUCUUCUGAGACAAGAUGGUGGCUGGGGGACAUGGAGUCCGUACGGCAGCUGCUCCCGGACCUGUGGAGGUGGGGUCAGGUUUCGGACCCGACGCUGUGAUGACCCAGUUCCAGCCAAUGGGGGGCGCACCUGCUUUGGGAACACCUACGAGUUCCAGCUGUGCAGCCAAGAGGACUGUCCCCCACUGACGGACUUCAGGGAGGAUCAGUGCAAAGUCUGGAAUCCAUCUUUAGAGCACGGAGGACGGAAACACCACUGGCUGCCUUACCAACAUCCUGACCCUGACGAGCGCUGUCGUCUGUACUGUCAGUCCAAGGAGACGGCGGCUGUGGCGUCCAUGAACAGAAUGGUGCAUGAUGGGACGCUGUGUUCCUAUGACGACGCCUACAGCGUGUGCGUCCGAGGAGAGUGUGAGCACGUUGGCUGCGAUGGUCAGAUAGCUUCAGACAAGCAGGAGGACCGAUGUGGAGUCUGUGGAGGAGACAACUCCAGCUGUAAGAUCGUCAAGGGAAAUUUCACCCGCAGCACCAGGAAACCAGGUUACCUGAAGAUCCUCGAGAUCCCCAAAGGAGCCCGACACCUGCUGAUCCAGGAGUUCAAGGGGACUCCUCACAUCCUGGCCAUGAAAAACCAGGAGACGGGUCAUCUAUUCCUCAAUGAUGAACACGAGCUCCCAGAAUCCAGAGCGGCGAUUGAAAAGGGUGUGGCCUGGGAGUACAGGAACACUGAGGAGGAAGAAUCUAUCCAGACCACUGGGCCGCUGAAGUACGGAGUUGUGCUCAUGGUCCGUUCUCAUGGAGACUCAAAGGUGACGGUGUCCUAUAAGUACGUCAUCCAGGAUCGUCUCCGGUCCUCGCUGGAGUCCAACCAGGUGCAGGAGGACGCCAUCUUUUACGAGUGGGCGCUGAAGAAGUGGUCGCACUGCUCCAAACCCUGUGGAGGAGGAAGACAAUACACCAGGUUUGGCUGCAGGAGGAAGGCUGAUGGGAAAAUGGUUCAGAGGAUGCUCUGCUCCAACAUCAACAAACCGAGAGCCAUCAGUCGCAGCUGCAACUCAGAGGCCUGCAGCCCGCCACGCUGGGUGACCGGAGAGUGGGAGGACUGCAGCGCCUCCUGUGGUCAGACCGGGUGGCAGCGUCGCUGGGUGAGCUGCCAGCAGGAGUCCACCGGGGGGCAGCAGCGGCGCUCAGUGCACAGCAGGCUCUGCAACGAUGACCGACCAGAGACUAAACAACCCUGUAACCGCUUCGCCUGCCCCUCUGCAUGGAGAGCUGGACCCUGGACUCCGUGCUCAGUCUCCUGUGGUAAUGGGACUCAGGCGCGUCAGGUUGCCUGUUCCAGUCCCGAGGGUUCAGCUGAAAACUGCAGCGAGCCUCGACCAAUCACAGCACGCACAUGCCUGGCUCCGCCCUGCAGUGGUGACAAGAAGAAUGCCAUCAUACAGUGGCUGUCCAGGUCCAACCCCAGCUUCCCAGCUCCAAAGAUCUCCUCAAGGCAGCGGUGUCGCGGUGACCGCUCGAUGUUCUGUCGGAGGGAGGUGUUGAGUCGGUACUGCUCCAUCGCCGGAUACCGCCUGAUGUGCUGCAAGUCCUGUAAUGAGAGCAACUCCAGCAACUCCAGCAACUUUAGCAACUUUAGCAGCACCAGCUCACCAACGGAGAACAGCAGCUUUUGGAGUUUGGCCACAGAGAUGAUGACAUCGCUCACCUCCACCUGGUCUGACAGCAGCCAGGUCGUCAGUGACAUCUUCCAUGAUGUCAUCACCACCCCAUCUUCCAGCUUCACUGUAACUCCGCCCCCAACCAGCAGGAGCACCACUGACUUUGUCUACGUGGAGUACGGUGAUUACGAGUACUCGUCCUACGAGGACUCAUCGGUUCUGUCUGAGCCUCCUCAUACUGCUACCACCACUACCAGUACUACAACUACUACUACAAGAAAAACUGCUUCACCUCAUGAGUUCCAGAAGAAUUCUCCCACAAUGAACCCUGCUAUAGUUACCAUGGUGACUGCUGUCACCGAAGGCGAAACACCGCCACCGGUUUGGACAUCUUCCAUCCCAGGGUUCUCCACGACAUCCUCCCCUGAUCCUGGGGACAACGCCACAUCUUCAGGAGGGCGGAGCCUCCAAAGUAAGACCAACCUGACCGAAGCUGAACCGGCGCCGCUGCCUUCAUCUUCCUUCUUCCCGCUGUCAAAGAAGGAGAACAACUCGGUGGACGAGGUCCGGUACGGGAUCGUAGGACUGGACGGCGACGUGAGCAGAGGACAACAGAACUACUUUGUGCCGCGGAUGCCGCCGUUCCGUGAGCGAACGCAUAACAGACGCAUCCAGCAGCUUCUGAACGAGAAACGACGGCAGGACCUUGUGCGGAGGCAGAGCCCACUGAGAGCCAGCCGGACUGACAGGAAGCACUGAACCGGCAGGUUUCCUUUGGCUGUUCACUCAUCCCGACACGUCUCAGUCUCUGCCACUGCUGACGGACUCCAAACGAGAAACAGACUGACACGUCUUCCACCAUGAGAGACCAGAGCCUGGACUUUAGCUCCAGAGGACUCCAGGUGUGUUCAGGUGGUUUACGUGAUGUUUGUACCAAAUAUUCUGUUUCUGAAUAAAGCAAAGUCUCAUCCAGCUGCUGAUGUCCUGAAUCAUGAACAUCAGGGUCACAUUCAGCCCUCGGGUCCAAGUUUCUGGUGUCAGGAACAUUUUUGUGUUUGUGUCUUCUCUGAAUCUCCACUGAUGUUUUAUGAACGUGAGGUCCAAAUCAAACACAGCCCUGUCAUUCUCAUUAAUGUUAAUAGAA